UAUACCCAGUCACAAAGUGUUAAGGCAAGCGUGUCCAUAAAAUAAUAUUUACGAAUGAUACCCGUUUCAGUCUGUUUACAUUUUUGUUCGACGAUUCAAUACAAUAUCAAAUUGGAAUAUAGAAAAAGUACAGUGUUAAAAUAUGCUGUGUAAAAGUUGCUUUUCAAUAUAAAAGAUGUCCUAUUCAAGAUGUAGAUGCAGUGAAUUUUUAGCGUUGUAAAGGAUGGGUCCUCCGAAGAAAAGUACUGAUGAUUUAGCGAGCCUUCCAGAUCUUGAUGAUACUAUAUUACUGGAGGAAUUACAUCAUAGAUACCGGAGGGAUUUUAUUUAUACAUAUAUAGGAGAUAUCUUGGUGUCAAUCAAUCCGUAUAAAACAUUACAAGGUCUCUAUGGGGAGGAGUUAGGACACAGGUAUGGGAAAGCGAAAACAUUAAGUGAGCUGUUACCCCAUGUAUAUGCACUGGGAUCUCGUGCCUAUCAUAAUGUACAGAGACAGCAGGGGAACCAGUGUGUACUGGUUAGUGGAGAAUCAGGGGCAGGUAAAACAGAGAUUACUAAGAUGUUGGUGGCUCAGAUAGCCAGGUUAUCUCAAUGGAGUGGGGACUACUUUUUGCAAGAGCGAAUAAUCGAGGUGAAUCCACUUCUAGAAGCCUUUGGUAAUGCCUGUACUGUGAUGAACAACAACUCUAGUAGAUUUGGUAAACUCAUAGAACUUAUCUUCUCAGAGGACGGGAGUCUGCUGGGUGCCACUAUAACAGAGCAUAUGCUGGAGAAAAGUCGGGUUGUACGGCAAGGUCAAGGUGAGAAAAACUUCCACAUCUUCUAUAACCUCAUGUGUGGAUUCACUCCAGAAGAAAGGCAACGAUACUUUCUUGAUAAACCAGAAAAAUACAGGAUCAUAGAUCCGGGUCAUGGUGCCCCAGUUAUAGCCAGUGAGAUAGAUUAUGACGGGUACCGUGAAGGAAUGGACAAUAUGAGGAGGAUCAUGCCCAUUGUUGGCUUUACUAGUCAAGAUAUGGAUGUAGUGUUUGCAUUACUGGGUGCUAUAUUACACCUGUGUAAUAUCGAGAUGGCAGUCGAACCUGAAUCAGAACAAGUGAUGGUGAUGAAUGAGGAGGAAAUUGAUUUCGCUGCAACCUUACUGUCUGUACAAGCAGAAGAUUUAAUCACAGUUCUCAUGGCAAAUAUUAAUUGGGUUAGAGGUGAGCGUAUAGUUUACAUAAAGAGUUUAAACCAAGCGGUAGAUGGACGGGAUGCGAUGGCUAAGGCUUUGUACAGUAGACUAUUCUCCUGGAUUGUUCAGCAGAUUAACUUUAUGCUUCAUGAAGAUGAACAAAGGGAAGGUGAGAGGUAUGUUAUAGGCAUCUUGGACAUGGCAGGGUUCGAACAUUUCCAGGUGAACAGUUUCGAGCAGCUGUGUAUUAAUUCAGCCAAUGAGAGGCUACAACAUUACUUUAACGAGCAUAUUUUCUCAUUGGAGCUGAGAGAAUAUCAAGCCGAAGGAAUCAAACAACCAAAAAUAAAGUUCUCAAAUAAUGAUGAACUGCUGAAUUUACUGUUCCAGAAACCUAUGGGACUUUUUUCCCUCCUAGAGGAAGAGUGCUUGUUGGCCAGGACUACUGACAUGUCAUUUAUAGACAAGUUAAACAAACAGAUGUCAAAACCAGACCUCUACAAGAAGUCCAAACACAGGGAUCCAGUCUUUGGAAUUGUUCAUUAUGCUGGCUUGGUAACAUACACAGCUGUAGGAUUUCUUGACAAGAACAGAGAAAACUUAUCAACUAACAUGCAAAGUUUGAUGGAAAACAGUAAAAAUAAUCUGGUCAAUGAAUUGUUCUCGGCCAAAGUUCUUAAUACUGGAACACUAGAUUUGAGAAAUGGUUCUGGGAAAAAUAAGUGGCAGAGACCAGCUUUCAACCAGCCACAGAAAAGACAAUAUGCUCCAGGGGACAGCCUUUCUAGACAAGCUGGAAGGAAAAUAAGGCAAAAAAUGAAAGAACAAAAGUCAUUUCAAGACAUUCCAUUUACACCAAACCCUAAUUCAGCAAGUGCUCAUUUCAAGAAUUCUCUCCAGUUGUUAGUAGACAGAUUGAAGACGUGUGAGCCACAGUUUAUUAGAUGUAUAAAACCAAAUCAUCAGAAAUUACCAAACAGUUUUGAUACAAGACUGGUGUCCGAGCAGUUGAAGAGUACAGGUGUACUUGAAACCACGAAAAUCCGGAAAUCGGGCUAUGCCGUUAGAUUGCCAUUUGAUGUGUUCAUGAAGAGAUACCAGUAUAUAGCAUAUCCUAUGACAGCGUCUCUAGAACCAAGUUCUAGAUAUUGUAAUGUUAUAAUCAAGUGUGCCAAAUUAUCCGAUGUUCAGAUCGGUUUAUCCAAAGUGUUCUUAAAGUACUGGCAGAGCGAUCAUCUAAAUGCUAUAAUGGAUGAUAUCAUAGGGCGCGUUGUACGAGCACAAGCAAAUAUACGUGCAUGUCUUGAUCGGAGAAGGUUCUUGUACCAUUUACGUAUGUCAAAACAAGACGCCGAUGAGGUCCAAGUAUUGUCAAACUACAUAGAUCACCAUGGAGACCAGUUCUUUCAGACAAUGAUGACACAAGAUCAUCAUGACGUUUCUAGGGCAACCAGAGACAGGCUUGGCAGGGAAGUGUUACAAUCGCCUAUGAAUGGUUACUAUGGUAACCAGGGAGAUUCUAGACUUCCAGAUGUGUUUUCACCCAGUCCUAUAAUUCAAGGUGGAACAGUAGGCUUUUAUAAGCAUAUUUUACAACAAGUAUUGGAUAGAUAUCAUGACCUUGACCCUGAUGUGUGGUGUAAGAUGUUUUACAUGGAGUAUGACCGUCCUGUUGCCAAGUUUUAUAUCUGUGAUAAAGAAGUUUAUAUAGAUGGAUCGUAUGAAGAAUUUGAUGGCAAAAGGAUAGGUCUUGGUGCAUUUAAGAAUCCACAACGUGAUGAAGUUACUGAUAAAAUCAGGACUUAUAUUGGAAAGGGUAUUCGUAUUAUAAAAGAAGCAGAUGGUAGUUUAUCUGCGACAAGAUACGGGAAGAACGACAUCAUAGUGAAAGGUUACCAAUAUCCAGCAAGCCAUUGUCUGUCAGCAGACGUCAUCGUCAACCAAGGCAGACUUCCUUUUGAUCAAAAUGUCAAGAUAUUUGAUAUGGAAGAAUUAAAGAGUCAUAUAGGUAUAUCUAUGAGAGGCGAGGCAUACGACAGAGAACGAUUACUAAUGUUGUCAAUAUGUGGCCUUAGUUUUAUAGAAGACAAGGAAGAUGAUCCUUCUACACCCAUGCUGGCCUGGUAUAUAAACUAA